CGCGUCUCGACGACCGGCGUCUCAGUGUCGUCGCGACGACCGACGUUGUUAUCCGCUAUCGAGACGACGGACGACUCGACUAGAUCGCGCGGUUGCAAUCUUGCCCAACGAGUCAACCCAAUCGGGACUCGAAUCCGGAGUAGCUCGGACUUAGUACGCCGUUAAGUAGCCAAACUAGACGAGAGUGUUUGAGAGAAAUACAGUAUUGGCCGCUAUCGUGCCUUCGAGACGCUAUUCGGCCACGCUUCGCCGCAAGUUUAACGAAAUGGCGAUGUGGCAAGCUUCUCCAAAGAGUACAUCGUGUGUCUUUCUUAUGCAGCCAAACGUUUCGCCAUAGUUUGCGCCGCUGAUCUUGCGUGGCGGGACAAAGCGUUCGUUUUACGUUUAAUUUUGCUUAAUCGCGCUUGCCUUUGCAUCGUCCACGUCAAACUCGAUACAGUCUUUGUCGCGCGUGUCAAAUCAGUAUAAUGCGUCAUUUAUAGAGAUAUAUAUAUAUAUAUAUGUAUAUUAGUGCUUGUUAUUGCAAGUGAUUCUCGUGGUCUUUUUACUGUUUAUUUGUUAAUAUAUAAUAAUAGGUGGAAAAUUUGUCGAUCCUCCCCGAGAGAAUUUUGACGGGCGGUAAAAAUUAUACAGCGUUCACCGGUGUCGAAAUGUUUGAUUCGAUCGCGACUCGUGGACCUCUUCGAAUAAGUUCGCGCCACGCAAUAUUGCGCGAGUAAGUACAGAAGAGGAAGAGGAGAAGGAGGAGGAGGAGGAGAAGGAGGAGAAGGAGACGGUGGUGGCGGAAGAGAAGAAGGAGGAGGUGACGGACUCUCUAAUUUGAGUUCGCGAAUCGCUCGUACCUGACAAUGCGGAGAGAAAGGAGCGAAAACACGUAGACGUACUUCUCCUUCUGUUCUUUUUCCUCUUUCGUCGCGCGCAAAUAUAUACCUCGGCGAGGCUGCUGGCGCUUUCGAUAGCUAAAAUUUAAAUUGUGCGGCGCAAUCUAUCGUCGGAAAAAGUCUCGUAGAUGAGAAAGAUUGGUGGAAGAUCCACGAGGAAAAAUUUCUCUUAAAAAAAAGAAAAGAAACAUCGUCUCGUUCCUAAAGCUAGGGAUACCGCCUCAAAGAGGAUGAUUACUUGAUAAACACGAAAACAAGUCCACGUGGUAGCGUCGAUAAAAGUCGCGCGUACGGUUAAUAAAUCACGGAAAUACAUGGACGCGUUUACGGGGACAGUGUCGCGAGCAAGAUUCCUGGCAGCGGCUUCUCGACGGCUAGUGAGACUUUGUCAAAAGUGAGAAUAAAUAGACAAAUAUCUCGAAUAAUUGGAAAAGCACGUGAGAAGAAGCAGACUUCUGCUGAAGCACUGGCUUCUUCUCGGGAACGAGAUCGGUACAGAUGAGGCCGCGGGCGAUUCGCGACUGUGAGGUGGAGGAGUAUCGAGCUCUUCGUAAUCGUUACCGCGAGGAUCGCUGUUUCUGACAGCUGGACGCUGACAGGAGGGACGAACGGACGACGGUAGUGUGCUACAGCAGCUGCAGUGUUUGCGAAUACUCGAUGGAUGAGUUCCAUCCAUUUAUCGAGGCUCUUCUACCAUUCGUGAAGUCUUUCUCGUACACAUGGUUCAACCUACAAGCUGCCAAGAGACGAUACUAUAAGAAACACGAAAAACGGAUGAGCUUGGAAGAGGAACGUCAGUGUAAGGAGGAACUCCAGAACGAGAAGCUGGAAGUAAAACAGAAAUGGGCCUCGCGGCUUCUCGGAAAGUUACGGAAGGAUAUCACGCAAGAAUAUCGAGAGGAUUUCGUGCUGAGUAUUACGGGGAAAAGACCAGCGAUGUGUGUUUUAAGCAAUCCUGAUCAGAAAGGCAAAAUGCGUCGAAUCGAUUGCCUUCGUCAAGCGGAUAAGGUAUGGAGGUUGGACCUAGUUAUGGUGAUCCUUUUCAAGGCAAUUCCCUUGGAAUCGACGGAUGGAGAACGGCUAGAGAAGACUGCGGAGUGCGCGCAACCAGGACUCUGCGUCAAUCCUUAUCACAUCAACGUUUCCGUCCGGGAGCUGGAUCUCUAUCUCGCAAAUUUUAUCACGAGUCAUGAGGUUCUAAAUGGUAUCUGCAACGCUAGCAAGGAGGAAGACAGGCGUAGAAAAGGUACAGGAUACCAUGAACUAUAUAACGGUGUUGUCUGCAAUGACACGAUCCUUGCGACAGGUGUCUUCAGCUCCAAAGAGCUCUGGAUGCUUUCAAAAGCGUCCAUACUGCAUGACCUCAGCGACAUGCAGCCUCAAAUAAACGCGAUCAAAAUAGAGCACCCGCCGUACUACUGCAGCAGCUACACCCCUCCAUCCGCAGCGACGACCGCGGAUCACGUUCAGCCGGCGGCUAGCUUCAGCCCACCACCGGUUCAUCAAUUAAUAAGAAACGAUAAGACUGAAAAGCCGCCGACAGUCUCGGUUUCGAGCGCGCCGACAUUUUCAUCGGUUCUUAGGCCGGAGGAUGGACAUCGUGGGAUAGAAUCUCCGCAUUCGCAAACGGGAUUGCAUUCACCUCACGAAGGAUUAACCGGUGGCUCUGGUCAAAGCAUGUCUGGACUAGCUUACUAUCAGGCAGAACAUCCCGGCUCUACAGGGGUAGUAAAGUACCCCGAGAACGGACAUGAUACUCUCUCGGAUUUUGUGACGUUUGUCUGCCAAGAAGCCGAGAACACUCAGCAAUUACCUCAGACGCAGCUAACUGGACCGCGCACUGGUAUACAAAAAUUCCCACAGUAUUAUCCGAGUUCGAUGUUACCGCCGCCUCCUCCCGCUCCCAUGGCCAGACCGGUGGCGAUAAUAAGAUCGACGGGUGAGCUGGCAGCGACGACCGCUAGUUCGCCUCCAACAUCGUCCACAUCACCUACGGAUCCAGCCGAACUAGGUCCCAACCAAGAACAGAUGACCGCGGCGGUCGGUCUCGUCGGUUCUGCUUGCCAGAAUUCUGUCGAAUCCACUGGCCGGAAGAGCCCCGCCAGAAUUCUCGUUACACCGCACACAACUAGCAGGGAAUACACGUUUGCUCAUUUUCAUUCACAACCCGGACAGCAAAUCUUCACCUAUCCAACCAUCAGUUCAAUGUCCGGGGUAAUAUCGCCGACUAAUCUCUCUCUAUUUUCGUCUCCUGUCUCGGUUACGAGACCGGUGGCCACUCAGAGAUCAGUCUCGAAUGUUCCACCGCGUUGGAAUACUGCACCAUUUAUCAAUUUGGAAGACGAUUACAACAUGAUAGCGCCGAUUAUCGCUGGAACUACUAGCGAACCACCAUCUGCCAUGGAAGAAGAACGAUAUUUUCAUCCUGUGCAUACGAGUGGCGUAGUAGACAAAAAUGGCAGUGGUAAUUUAAUAGGCAACGAACUCGGAGUAAACACAGAUCCUGCGUCACAUCAUCACCAACAGCAGCAGCAUCAACAGCAGCAGCAGCAACAGCAACAACAACAACAUCAGCAGCAUCAACAGCAGCAAACACAAUCAUCUUCGCAACAGCAGCAACAAGUAAUGGCAGAUAAAUCUGGUGGACCUAAAUCUCCUCCGUGACAGUGGAGUCUGAAAACGGAAAGUCUCGAGAGACUCGCAUACUCGCCACGUUUGUCGAGAUCAGUAUUUGGUAUCGCGUGUAAUAAUUAUUCCGAAAUUAUAGCCGAGCCCGAAUUCGAGCGCAAUCGUCAGGAAUCUAUGUCUCCUAUUCAAUUACGUGAUUUAAACUUGCGGAGAAUAGAAUAUUUAAGAGUUCGAUCUUAAUUUACAUUAAAAAGCAUUAUAAAGCAAAAAUAAGAAUACGUUCCGUAAGGAACAUAAUUGAGGAAAAAGGAGAUUCGUUGAUUCACGUUUAUCUCGAAAUGAAUUCGUACAAUAUAAAGUUUCAUUACAACUUAACCAAGUAUAAGUAAGUUCUUCUAAAGCAUAGUUAACCGUGAGAGAGUUUGCGACGCUUGGAAUAGCCAUAAGAUGACGUCGCCAUGCAUGCCUUAUUCUGCUCGAAAACAGAAAAUUGUCUACAUACAGUGUCGUACAAUGAAAUAUUGUUCAAGCUAUAAUAUAACGUAUUUAGAUAAAACGACAUAAUUUCAGUUGAAAUUGAUACAAAUAGUUGGACGCGAUAUAACUAAUAUGCAAUAUUGUUUGAUCAUUUGUCAACAAUACAGAAUGCGCUAUAUUGGUCGAUACACGGUUCAUGAUUUCCAUAUAAUUAUUUAAAUUAUUUUCUCUUUGUCUGUUUCCCUCUCUCCUCCCCCCUUCCACCUCUCUCUCUCUCUCUCUCUCUCUCUCUCUCACUCUCUCUCUCUCUUUCUAUUUUUCUAUUUUUCAUAUUUUUCUAUAUCUCGAGACAUAAACGAAAACAGCUGAAUUUCUUCAUUUAUGUUAUUUUUAAACUUUCUAAAACUCUCCCGCAAUCUCGUAGUUAAAACGGUAUAAUAUUCUUGCGAUAUAGCAUUCUUCCAUAAUGUUUAUAUUAUAAAGAGAUUCGAUUUAUUUUCGUAAUAAAAUUUUCGUGACAUAUAUGCGAGUAUGUUUUUUUAAUAAGUACAAAACUGUAAUAUUUUGUAUAAAUAGUGUUUUAUAAUCGAUAAUAAUGAAGAGGGACAUGGAAGCAGACAGUAAAACUUUUAUUAAAAGUAGAAAUAACGCGAAUAACACAAAGCUUCUGUGAGUACGUAAUUUUUUCUCCUCAUCAUUUUCCAAAAAUUUUUCAAAUAACCUUCUCGUUGAUCCAAUCUGCUUUGCAAUAUUUUAACACUUUUAACAUUGAAAUAUAUAGUAACAUGUCGCGUUCCUGUUGAUCGCCCUUUAUACAUUUUGUGUAGACCAAGUUUCAUCUAGUUGCCGAAAAAUUGUUCUUCCACAUGUUAUUCCAGACUUUACGUCACGUAUUUAGAAUAUACAAGUUUAUACGUAUUUAUGUAGAAAGUUGUGUUACAUAUUUCACGUAGUGCAUCGAUGAGUAAAUAUUACGGGUUUAGCUUGAACAAAUAAAAUUUGUUAGCUCGUGUAUCAUAAAGAUACAUAUGAGUGAUUCGUUAGAAAUGAAUUGGCGACAUGUACGAUUCUUAUAAUGGUUGAAUAUAAUUGAACCGUGUAUAAAGUUUUCUGUGCCAAUGAAGCAGCACAUGUGCGCGCUAUUCUUUUUGUAGUGAUAUUAAUAAAUUAAGGAUUGCCUAUAAACACGGAUUAAUGCGAGACAAACGUCGAUGGUGACAAACCGUAAACGAAAAUCCAUCGAAUAAGAAUUUACUGAUUUAUAAAUGACAGAUACUCGAUAAUAAGCAUAGCGUCAUCGCGUAAUGCUCAGGCUAGCAUUAAUUAGGGAAAAGAACUAGUGAAAACUAGUCACAUCAGAGGCUGCUAAUUAGAACCAAUGUGGAUAUUUAAUAUUGUGUUUAUUGGAUAAUAUAAGCGCUUAAUUAUUUAAAUAUGUUAUCAAUAUUAUAUUGAAAAUAACGAUGUAGGAAAUAAUCGCGUAAGCAAACAAACAUCGAAUAUUGUUUAUUGCGAACAAAGUCCAACUUUGUAUAAAGUUUUUCAUUGCCAAUGUAUAUCAAAAAGAGUGCAUAAAAUAAGAAAUUGCCAUUAUUACGGACUUAUACUGAUGUUGUAAAAUAUACUCAGUUAAAUUAACAGUUCAAAUUUUUCGUUGUUUAUAUCACAAGAACAAAAUACUCUUAAUAUAUUUGUUAAACGAUCAUAUUCGCUUCAUAUUUAAUAAUUAAUCAAACCUACUUUUCUCUUUUCUAUACACAAUAAGACAAAUAAGUAAACGAUAUGCAGAGAAGAAAUUUGGAUUUGUGUCCGUUAUCAUCCGUAAUCGAAAAAACAUAGUUAAUAAGAGCAUUCAACAUAAACGAGUGAUAUGUUAUUAUGUUCUUAUGUACAUUAUCUAGAUAACAAGAUGAUUAAUUUUGUUAUAUUAUAAUAUUGUUUUAUUAAUACCAUUUGUUACACACGACAAACGAUCGCACAAUCUAACGUUCUCUUUUUCAAAUUGUUUUCUUGUUUUUUUAACACUUGAAAUUCGAUAAAGAUUUAUCGGCGGUGAGGAGAGAAAAAAUGGAUUCUCGAAACUUCUUUUAUGGACUAAUUUAAUUUCAUUUUCUUUUAAAAUGUAGAUACUAUCGUUGAGACAAAUGUAUAAGCUUAACGCUUGUGAAUGUAGUUGAAACAGAUACGUAUAUUACCUAUCUGCUUAUGGCUCCACUAUUUAUAAUUAAAAAAUACUAUUAUUUGAUUAAGUACUCAACCUCGCUUACUAAAAAUAACAAUAAUCCCAAUCUAUUUAAAAUAAGUUAAUAAUUAUGCGGGGUUUAAAUUAUAGGAUGUCUACUUUAGAAUUAUUAGUUCUAGAUAGUCUAUCCAUGUUAUCAUUAUUGUGUUUGUGUGUAUUUCCGUGAGAAGAGAAGUAUAUACAAUGCAAGUAUGUGGAUGCACGUAAAGUAGAGACGUCAAAAUAGAACCAACAAGUGAAAAAGUAUCACGUGGGCACUGUACCAGAAGAAGCAAAACAUUUUGUUACGAAUCAUGAAAAUAAGAUCACUAAUCGGC